GAGCAGAGGCACAUCGGGCAGAGGCACACCGGGCAGAGGCACAUCGGCAGAGGCACAUCGGGCAGGACUCCGGGCAGAGGCACAUCGGGCAGGACUCCGGGCAGAGGCACAUCGGGCAGAGGCACAUCGGGCAGGACUCCGGGCAGAGGCACAUCGGGCAGGACUCCGGGCAGAGGCACAUCGGGCAGGACUCCAGGCAGAGGCACACCGGGCAGAGGCACAUCGGGCAGGACUCCGGGCAGAGGCACAUCGGGCAGGACUCCGGGCAGAGGCACAUCGGAUUACCAGGCGAAGCAGCAGGCAGCGGGCCACCGGGCGGAGCGACAUGCAUCGGGCCCCGGGCGGGGCGACCGGGCCCCCGGGCGGGCAGCAGGCACCGGGCCCCCGGGCGGAGCAGCAGGCACCGGGCCCCCGGGCGGGGCGACAGGCAUCGGGCCCCCGGGCGGGGCGACAGGCACCGGGCCCCCGGGCGGGGCGACAGGCACCGGGCCCCCGGGCGGGGCGACAGGCACCGGGCCCCCGGGCGGGGCGACCGAGUCACCAGGCACAACCGUGGGCUCCGAGUCAACUGGGAUGACCGCUGGCACUGGGUCAGACAUUGGAUCGUCUGGCUGGACAGCGGGCAUCGGGUCACCAGGCAUCAGGUCAUUUGGCUCGACAGCGGGCACCGCGUCAUCUGGCAAGGCAGUGGGCUCCGAGUCAACUGGUAUGACCGCGGGCACUGGGUCAGACAUUGGAUCGUCUGACUGGACAGCGGGC